AUGAAAAGAUCCCCAAAAAAAGCCAAACAAACAUCUCCAAUUUCUUCUACAAUAAUAACCCAGGAACAAGAAUCAAACAUCAUCGUAACCGCCCUUCAAAACGUGGUCGCCGGCGCUAACUACUAUCCCUCUUUCACAACCGACAUUAACUGCUUCAUCCCCAUCGCAUCUGAUCCUAAUUACUUGUGUCAAUUGUGCUUCAUCGACGGUUGUCUUGGAUGUAACUAUUUCUCAUCAACACAAGAUCAUGAAAUCUCGGGAUUGAAUUUAACCAAUACUCAUUCCGUCGCUGAAUCAUCAUCUGUUUCUUCCUCUUCCUCCAAUAAUAAUAAUAACAUUAAGAAGAAGAAGAAUUACAGGGGAGUGAGACAGAGGCCGUGGGGGAAAUGGGCGGCGGAAAUACGAGAUCCGCGACGAGCGACCAGAGUUUGGUUGGGGACAUUUAAUACGGCGGAGGAAGCGGCGCGUGCUUACGAUAAGGCGGCGAUUGAGUUUCGCGGUCCUCGGGCAAAGCUUAAUUUUCAGUUUCCGGAUAGCCCUGAAGAAAUCGGGGUUUGUAAUAAUAAUAAUAAUAAUAAUAAUGGUCAGAAAGAGACAGAACAGAUGAAGGGAAAUGAAGCGGGAUUGAUUGGUGGAGGAGGGAGAGAUGAAAGUGAAAUGUGGGAAGCAGUUGGAUCGAUUCGGGAACAGGAGUUUGAAGAAUGGAUGAAGAACAUGAUGAAUUUCAAUGGAGAUUCAUCGGAUUCUGUUAAUAGUUGCAGUUAUGAAUUCUGUAGCAAUUACAGUUAUUAG